GUACCGUUCGCGUGGUUCGCAACUUGGGGAGGUGAGGGUCCGAAAACUGGGGGAUGACGCGAUUCCCUUGCCCGGUCCCAGAAGGUGAUGCUUGGUCGGUCACGGAGAUCAGAAGCGGAUCCAAACAGCACCCAGAACCGCGGUGAUGUGGCGGUCGAGAUAUCAGCGGCGCUAUUCUCGAGUCCCUGCCCGGCGCUGAAUUCAGGGGACGAUGAAUACGGUCAGGCAGGCCAAAGCGAAUUGCCUGUGCACCCAGCAGGUCCUUUGAAAUUAGGAGCCAGAAUAAGCAGCUGCCAAAGCAAUGGGCAACAGAGGCCGUUCAAUAUUUGUCAAUGCGCAUCGCUGCCGUUUUCGUCUGGCGAUAUCUGGGGGUGGCUUGAGCAUUCAGCUGGGGUUUUGAGCGAGGAUCACGAUCCAGCAUGUCGUACAAGUCACAAGUGCUGUACCCAGGCGACGACAUGGACGCCCCAACACCAGACUCCAACUCGCUUUCCAAUUAACCUUCUCUCAACUUCCCCUCCUGAGGCACCAAACCAACCACCACAAGCCGACCUUCCCUGCUGUUUGGUUACAUACUCGUAGAUGUACGACGCAGCAUCUGGGGGCGCUUCUCGCCGUCCAUCCCGUCCAUCGCAUGCCAAUCAUGUUGCGAUGAAGUUUCCACGAUCUGGCACAACCUCUUGAUGCAUCGAUGCGCGCGCAUCAGCUGCUCU